CCUCCCUCUCCCACUUACAGCUUCGAUGGCCAACUUCAACCAGAACCCGUUUGCUUCCACACAUUCUCUCGACACGAACCCGUUCGAUGACCCUACCCCCACACAACCUGCUAACGAUGCUCGGCUAGAGCAAUUAAGACAACGCGAAGAAGACCUUCAACGGCGAGAGCAAGAACUCGCAGCCAAGGCCGAAAACAUCCGCAAGAAUGGCAGGAACAAUUGGCCUCCGUUCAUGCCCCUCAUCUUCCACUCGAUUCCGGAUGAAAUCCCAGAAGCAUCUCAGCUCUUGGUUACUCGUCUCUACCAACUGUGGCUAGUUCUAGCCGCCACGCUCAUCAUCAAUGUCGUCGCGUGUAUCAUGAUUCUCAUUUCGGGAUCGAGGGAUGGCGGGCGUGAUCUCGGAGCAAGCAUUGGAUAUGUGUUCAUCAUCACCGUCACGUCGUUCCUGCUGUGGUAUCGGUAUGGCGAUUAUAUCCAUUUCGGUACCCUCCCACUCACAGGUCCCGCCAGCCCUAUUUACAACGGUUACAUGAAGGCAACUCUAUUCUGGAAUAGGACCAUUCGGCAACUGACUGUGUUCAAAUCUAGGAACAGGCACUCUAUUAUUGUAAACUUGUAUUUCUUCUUUGGAGGGUUCCAUCUGAUAUUCAGUGUUUACAUGAUCAUCGGUGUGCCAAGCACCGGCUCGGCGGGGCUGAUCCAGAUGAUCCAAAUCUGGGUCGCUGCUGUGUUUUGUCUCAUCGCUACUAUCGGCUGGACCGUGCAAGGAUUGGGCAAUGCCUUCUACUAUCGGCAGAUUUAUGCUCAUCACACGGCUGCUGGCCACACCAUGGAGAAGGCGAAGAGUGAACUUGCGACUCAUGGAGCGAAGGCGUACUUUAUGCGAGGAUGAUUGGCAUGUCUUUAUUUGUAUAAAACGUGUUCAAAAUCCCAGAACUCGUUACAACCUACAUAGUAGUGUCCCAGGUCAUGGAUUGUACAACCUUGCCCAUUCCAAAAGUACAAGCGCC